AUGCCGCGCAAACGGUGUUCCAUGAGAAAGAAAGCAAAGCUAACCUUACCUAAAGCUCUCAGUGACGACGAAGAGUCUGACGUGGGUAACGACAUUGUUGUUCCUUUGAAUGACACGCGCGCAAAGAGCCGAUCAGCCGAGUACAUAGGUGAUGUUAGCGACACUAAGAGCGAUGACAAUAUUUCCAAGGUCACUGGCGAUUUAAAUGGCAAAAAUACCGAUGGAGAUGAAGAGAAUGACGAAGACAACGGCGAUGGUGACGACAACGACCUAGACGCCGACGAGUACGUAUCUCGCGACCAAUAUGUGGUUGAGAAGAUUCUUGAUCACCAAGUUGGCGAAGAUGUUUGUGCUCCGAAAAUGUUGCAGGGGCUUGUCAAUUUCAGAGUCAAGUGGGAGGGCUAUGACAAGAAGUCAGAUCAGACGUGGGAGCCAGAGGACAGCCUGAAGGAAGGCGCAUCUGAGAUUUUGGAGGAGUAUCUCACAUUGAUCGGUGGGCGAGAAGCAUUAUUUGAGCAGAAGACCAAGGCAAAAACUACCAAAAAGCGUGGUCGCGUCUCUGCUGCUUCCACACCAUCAACAGGGAACAAAAAAGCUAGGCGGAACGGCCACCCUGCUGACUCUACACCCCCUGCCUCUGCAACGGCUGCUAGGGAGAAAGCCUGGACCCUGCCCAGUGGUAGCUGGGAAGACGAGGUCGAGAGCAUUGAUGCAUGUCAAGACGAGGAAUCCAAUGCCCUGGUCAUCUACCUAAAUUGGAAGAACGGCCAGAAGACGAAGCAUCCCACGGAAGUAGUGUACAAGCGAUGUCCGCAGAAGAUGUUGCGCUUCUAUGAAAAACAUAUCCGCAUUGUCAAGUCAGACCAUACAACAGAAGCAGACGAUGAGACCGGUGUUGAAAGCUAUGCCCAUGCCACGGCGUAA